AUGAGCCCAGCCGCAAAUACCUCCGUAGUCCGAGUUGCAGUCACUCAGCAUGAGCCUGUGUGGCUUGAUCUUGAGGGAACUGUGAGCAAAACAUGCUCUAUUAUAGAAGAGGCCUCAAAGGCUGGCGCCAAGCUUGUCGCUUUUCCUGAAACUUGGAUUCCCGGAUAUCCAGCAUGGUUUUGGGACCGACCUGUUGACUUUGAACUUGGAAUUCGAUACGUCCAAAACUCGUUGAAGAUUGAGAGUCCAGAAAUGAAACUUAUCUGCGAUGCCGCUGCAUCGAACAAAAUCAGUGUAUCGCUCGGGUUCUCCGAACGUGAUGGAGACUCUGUGUAUAUCUCCCAGGCUUUGAUCAACGAAGACGGCGAGAUUAAAAUGAGGCGCCGCAAGAUGAAGCCAACACAUAUGGAGCGUACCAUCUAUGGAGAUGGAUCUGGAGACAGCUUAGCGAAUGUCAUCGAGCUACCGGGUCCGCUGCUGAAGUAUUUUACCUUUUCCCAGCACGAGCAGAUACACGUCGCUGGAUGGCCACCACUGGACCCUUUUGUGGAGGGUUCUUCUGGAUUCUGGUCCAUGUCGGCUGAAGGAGCCCUCAACCACUCACAGCAAUAUGCGAUCGAAUCCCAAUCGUUUGUCCUGCAUGCCACAGCGGUGCUUACCGAUGCAGGAAUUGAUGUGAUGAGGACUAAAGGCAGCCCCAUAAUGGGAAUACCUCUUGGGGGCUGUUCCGCCAUCAUUGGUCCUGACGGACGUGUUCUUAAAAAGGCAAAUACGGGAGGAGAGGAGCUCAUUGUUGCGGACAUAGAUUUGACUGAUGCCACCAAAGCCAAACUUUUCGCGGAUGCGAGUGGACAUUACAGCCGACCAGAUUUGCUUUGGCUUGGUGCAGAUACUACUCGCAAAACAGUUGUCAGGGUCCAGAAGAGAGCGGAGAGACAGACGGAGGCAUCUGAGUGA